CCCUCCUCCACAUCUUGUCGAUCGAAUCCCCAUGGCGACGACGCAGCCCCCGCGCGUGUUUGGCGUCGACUUCGGCGCGCAACGCUGCGUAGUGGCCGAGAGCACGGGCGACGUGGUGCUCAAUGAGCUCGGCGCCAUGACCACAGCCACGCUGGUGUCCUUUAAGGGUGAGGAGCGCCUGGUGGGCGAGUCGGCGGUGCUGUCGUCCAGCACCAACCCUCGUAACACCAUCGCCUUCCUGUCUGGACUUGUGGGCAAGCGCCAGUUGGCUGACGUGCAGCAGCAGCUCGAGCGCCUGCCCGGACACCAAGCCACCUUCGAGGUGAAUGAGGCUGGCCACGUGGUGGCUACGGUGGACUAUGGCAAGGACGGCAGCAAGACGCAGUUCACGGUGGAGCAGCUCACGGGCAUGCUGUUCGCCAACCUGGCCACGCAGAUGAAGAAGCGCUUCCAGGACGAGCCGUUCCACGUGACGCUGGCGGUGCCGUCGGUGUGGGGCGACGACGAGAAGCGUGCGGUUCGACUGGCUUCCAAGAUUGCGGGUAUCCCCAGCUUGGCGAUCAUCUCGCGCGAUGCGGCGUUGGCCCGCUGCUUCCAUAACAAGCACCCAGUGGCGGCGUCGGAGGCCGAUGGUGAUGCUGCGAUGGAGACCGCUCGCCACAUUGCGAUCGUCGACAUGGGCCACACUAGCACCAGCGUUGCCGUUGUGAAGCUCACACAGACGGGCGAGACUGUGCUGGCGACGGAGGCGGAUGUGGAGCUCGGCGCGGAGACGCUUGACCGGCGUCUCUUUGAGCACUUCCAGAAGGAGGUGCAGGCCAAGCACCAGCUGACCGUGUCGUUCCACACCAAGGAGGGCAAGCGUCUGUUCCAGGCGUGCGAGAAGCUCAAGAAGCUGCUGUCCACGAUUGGAGAGGCCAGCGUGACGGUCGAGAACCUUGCCCCCGAGAAGGAUGUUAACAUCUCGAUCUCGCGCAACGUGUUCGAGGAGCUGUGCGCUGCUGAGCGUGCUCGUGUCACGGCGAUGCUGCAGAAGGCCCUGGAGACUGCGAAGGAAAGCGUGCCCAGCGCUGACAUCGCGUCGGUGGAAAUCGUGGGCGGUGGCACUCGCAUCCCGUUCGUGCAGGAGGCUAUCCUCGCUGCGUUCCCUGCCGAGCAGCAGCGCACCGCUGCUCUCAUCGGCCGUAUGCUGGAUUCGACUACCGCUGUUGCUUUGGGUGCUGCGUAUUCCAGUGAAGCGGCUGCUGAGGCUGCCGCCGCCCCCGCGGAGUGUGACGAAGACGCGGAGGAGCUGGCCCGCUACGUGGCACUGGAGCAGGAAUUCCAGGCUCGCGACGCCGAGCUCACUGCGAUUGCCCACGAACGCAACGCCAUCGAGGCGUUCGUCUAUGAAAUGCGCUCGAAGAGCAGCGGCAAGCACGGAGACAAGCUCGACUCGUCCAAACUGAACCCUCUGCUGGAUGCUGCUGAGGACUGGAUCUACUCGGAGGAAGCGGAGACUGCCACGCUUGACGCCAUCACGGCCAAGCAUCAGGAGAUCGAAACGGAGGUGCGGACAGCUUGUGAGGCGUACUUCUCUGCUGUGGAGGCUGACGAGCGCGCGCUGGAGCAGCAACUUGAGCUGGAGUCGCAGAAGGCGGAGGCUGAGCGUCAGGCCGAGGGCGGCGACGAAGACCACGACACGCGCAAGCUCAAGAAGCCCGAGCGCAUGCGCAUGGUGGUCAAGAACAAGGAGGAGGGCAACGAGCUCUUCCGUGACGGCAACCACAAGCACGCCGCCGCGCGUUAUGUGAAGGCCCUGACGCACGCGUCCAAGUUCUUCGACCUUACCGAGGCCGACAAGGAGGAGGUGAACGCCAUCAAGCUCAGCCUGUACCUGAACCUCGCGCAGUGCUACCUCAAGAUGGAGAACUACAACAAGGCUGUCUCCAACUGCAAUGAAGCGCUGGCGCUGGACGCGAAGAGCGUCAAGGCCCUCUAUCGUCGCGCUGUGGCGUACGAGAAGGAGAACAAGCUGGAACCCGCGGCCGACGACGUCAAGGCAGCCCUGCUCCUUGCCCCGCAGGACCGUGCUGUCGUCAAGCUCGACGAGCGCCUGAAGCUGCGUCUUCGCCGCCAACUCGACAAGGAGAAGAAGAUGUGGAGCAAGGCGUUCGCGUAAGCGCCAUCUUGACCUAGCAAUAGAGAGCAAGCCGGAAAAACAUGAAGCGUGAAAGACCAAUUGAUGUGGAUUAAACUGCAAUCAGUUCUUCCCUAAAACCUGGAAGCACAUAGCACCAACGCAAACUGCAGCCUUUUAGAUCGUUUUCCAAGCUGUUCUCUACCCGCUGCUUCACUUCGCAGCUCCGUUCACACACAACACGCGCCCAAUUCUUUUCCGGUCGUCACUGUUGUUGCGCCGUUGUGCCUCCUUCAUCACGUCGUCGUCGACGCUCUUCCGUCCAGAAAAGCGUUCGAGCGCACCGAUGCUCGGCAUCAACGCGCUGGCCAAUGCAUCUCCCUCCACCCGCUUCUGCUCUGUGUGAGAGAAACUGUACAUGUAGACCAUGUCUGAAACUUGCAUCCACCAGCGUUCUUACUGAUUGUUGUUGUCCGGGGCUGUGCACCUGUUGAUCCACUUGCGUCGCCGCACCAUGGCUAAUGUGAAGGGGUCCUUCUGCCAGGGCCCGGAGAAGGACGGCGCGUAGAUCCAGCCGUUGUCGUCUCCUUGUGACACGUCGAGCGUCCAGCCCUCGGCGUGCAGGUGCUUGGGCACCUUGGGGGCCACCUCCUCGAAGGCGUUGGACGAGAUGUUGGCGUCCGUGACGGAGCUCCAGCGCUUGCGCUCCGUGGAGCCGGCGAUGUGCGUGUCCGUGGUCCACUUCUUGACGAUGUGGUAGCGCUGGUUCUCCCAGAGCUCGAGCACCUGGUCCACCUGCUCGUUGGGCGUGACCUUGAUCUCGAGGAAGAGCACGGACUUGCGCUUCUGCUUGUCGUAGUCGGGCGGCACCUCGAGCUCGUAGGACACCACCUCCGACUGCUUCUUCUCCAGAAACGGGGCCAGCGCGAUGUUGGCGUUGCCGAUGCAGUCGUCCUUCAUGAAGCGGUCGUAGUCCAUGACGUGCACCUCGAGGCACUUCUCCUUGGGGCGGUCCACCUGGAACUGGAACGUCUCGGCCGGCUCCCAGCGCGGGUUCAGGCUGCUCUGCACCACGGAGCUCUUCUGGCUCACGCGCCCCACCUUGAACACCACGUACGGGUCGCUCUUGCCGCCGAUGCCCAUGAAGCCGAAGUCGCUGGCCGCCAGGUCGCCCGCGCGCACCAGCGUCACCUGCAGCGUGUGCAUCGUGCUCAUGGUGGCCGUGUGUGUGU